AUGGGUACAAUGCUUUAUUAUCCCUCGUCAUUCCUUCAAUUAACGAAUCAAACCUCCAUGGAUGAACAGGAUUACUCUAUUAACAAUUCCUCUUUAAAUCUGUUUAUCUUUGCCAUCGUUUGGUUUAUUUUAAUCGGUACAAUCGUAUGCGGCUCGAUUGGAAAUCUCCUUGUACUUUAUGUAUAUAUCAACCGAAAUGAUAAUAAAACCUGUUCAUUUUUUAUCAAAAUGUUAGCCGUUGUGGAUUUUAUCAUCUGUUCAGUGCUCGUGCCGUUGGAAUUAUAUCAAACGACGACAGGUAUCCGCAAUGAGUUUCUAUGCAAAUUUUAUGGAUUUCUUCAUACACAUGUUCUCUAUUCAACAUUUCUCAUUACUACGAUUGCAUUCGAUCGAUAUUUCUGCAUUUGUUGGCCAUUGUACAAAAUCAUCACGAUUCGUCGUGCGCGUAUCAUCGUUCUGUUAUGUGGCUUUCUCUCAUCUUUAUUAGCAUUGAUACCCAUGAGUGAAUAUUCAACGACUGAACAUAUCUUACAUUUACAUAGUAACCAUUCGAAUGAAUUGUUUGUUGGCAACUCUCAUGAAGAUCUCUCGACUGUUUACGCUCAUGUUGAACAUAUUAAUACCAAUGUUGAUAAGUUGCCAUUUACAAUUGGAAAUUUGACCCAUGUCAAAUGUAGUCCAAAAUUUAGUUUGCAUCUGAAUCUAUCGAAGUUUUUUACCAUUUACCGAAUAUUUCAUAGUACGCUGUUUGCUAUAUGUAUUAUUAUUGUUGUUAUUCUUUAUUUGUUCAUUUACAAUGCCAUUUAUCAGCGUCGUCGAACACGUACGAAGAAGAUCUCGACUUACCAGAAAAUCCUGCAGUCGUAUUUUAUAAAUAACAGGCAAAAUCGGUCGCACACCCAUCGACAUUCGUUUCUGGCUUGUCUCUGUUGUUGUUGUCAAGACGUUCAUUUACAGACUGUAAAUCGAUCGUUCGACGAGGACGAUGAGGAACAUAGAACGAACCACUCGUUACGUACACAGUCUCUAAUGAGAAAAAAUCCCGAACACAUCAUUUUAGAAAUUCAUGGUGCACGGGGAAAACGUUAUUCCGCCGUUUCCAUGACGUCGAUGACCUAUUUGACUAGUGGAAUCUGGGAUGACGCGUCAUCGGCCAAUCUUGUCCGUUCAAGAGUCAAUUCCAUAGCUGCGAACACAUACUGCGGAACUGAACACUCAUUGACUGAUCGAUCGUUAGCUGUCACAGAAGAUUCACUCGAUCACACAGCAAAACCUUCGCAAUUACGACUUGCACAUUCGACAUAUUUAACUGUACCCGGAAAACCGAUGAUACCACUGGUAUAUGCUAAUGAAACGAGCAAUAAAGACGACCACAUGAAUGAAAACAAAUCUAGUGGAAACAUUUCACCGUCAGUGAGUUUACUUCAUCCAACAGUAACGAGAAAAUCAAGUCAUUCUCCGUCAAUUCGUUCUCAACAUGAACACCCAUCGGAUUCUUCAGUGAUUCCACGAAAGGUUUCAUUUCUAACUUCAAGCGGCACAACGGAUCGUUCUAUUAUUGAAGAUCUUCCGAGUGUGAAUCAAUCAUUAGGUUCACCAUCACACCACCAAUUAAGCGUACACUUCAAUAACCACCAUUCCGUAUCACCUGACCUACGACGGCAGUCGAACACGUCGAUUCGUCACGGUUCGACGUUUGAUUUGAAUUGCAAAGAAAUUUUCGAACGACAGCAAAAACAAGAACGUUCGGCAAACAUUCGAACGACAUUAACAUUGUUUAUCGUCACAGCGACGUUUAUUCUGAUCUAUUUACCAUCGAUAAUCAUCACUCUAUUCAAUAUUAAACCGAAUUUAUUUCGAGAACCUCUGUUUUUACUUUACUACAUCAACAGUGCGUGCAAUCCAUUGAUCUACUCUUUCUUUAAUAUCAACUUUCGGAAUGAUAUUCGGCGUAUCUACGAGUGCCAAAAACGUGUCUAUCUCGCUCGGCAAUGUUAG